GUCACGGGAGCGCCCGCGCCGUCGAGAGAGCCGCCAGUGGCGAGGACGGAAAGAGAGGGAAAGACAGACGAGGAGGCACCGACGGGCGGACAGGAAGAGAGCGGCCCACCUCCACUGACCGUCUGUUGCGUUCCAGAAGCGUCACUUCGCCGAGGCUGGGCGGCGGCAGGACAAGUGACUGACGAGGAUAAGAGACUGGCCCCCACCUCCUCCACCUCCUCGUCUCCUUCCUUGAACACCGCUCAUUUCACGACCGAGCGCUGUAGCGGGAACACGACACCGCCGCAGUGAUCCCUUCACACCGGGCCUAGUGGAUUAACUGGCUACCGUCAUCUGAGGAGAUGCCCCUGUUCGCUACUGUUGUCUAACAAAGCCCAUGGAUUUCAUUGAUGCAGCUGGAGACGCCUUGAUCACAGCUAUGUCAACACUGCAUCAGGAUAUUUCCAGUGAAGAAGCGCUACAGUAGAAGACUGACGAGAGUUUGUGUUUUCAGCUUUCGCAUUCAGAUGUUGUAACCACACAGGCCCCUAAUUCUGUUUUCUCUCGGGAGAAAUCAUUUCUCAGGACACCAGCUGACUGUUGUAUCAUCUCACGUGUUUUAGAUUAGAUUAAUCACUUGAUCCAUACACUUCUCGGACAGUGUACGCCACAUAUUGUCUCACCAUGUACGGUAGCUCACGUUCCAUCUCAAAGCUGGAUGUUGUCGGAUCCAAUGGUAACGGGUCGGUGUCCGGGAGCCCUGGUCGCUCCCCACGCCUGCCUCGCUCCCCGCGCCUUGGACACAGGAGAAACAGCAGCAGCAGCUCUGCCGGUGGACUAACCGGCUCUGGUAAAACCCUGUCCAUGGAGAAUAUUCAGUCUCUCAAUGCCGCCUAUGCCACAGGCGGCCCCAUGUACUUCUCGGACAUGGCUGACGACCCGGUCGGCAUCGGGAGUCUGGGCAGUGGGAUGAAUCCAGCGCUGCCCAAAAGCACCAUGACCUUGGGGAGGGCUGGGGCCAGGGUUCCCUACGGGGUGAGGGCGGCCAUUAUGGGGAGCUCUCCUAAUAUAAACACUGGAGGCGGUGGAUCUGGCAUGCCCUCGGAUGCUAUAGCGUUUGGGGGAGAGCUGCAAAACCAGCCUCCACAGGCAGCUACCGUGCCGCACUCCAUGAGACAGGUGAGAGAUGGCGCCAUGUCAGACCUGCAGACACAGCUCAGAGAAGUGCUGAGAGAGAACGAACUGCUGCGCAGAGAACUGGAGGCUAAAGAGUCCAAGCUGAGCUCCUCUAUGAACUCCAUUAAGACAUUCUGGAGUCCAGAGCUGAAGAAAGAGCGAGCGCUCAGGAAGGACGAAGCCACAAAGAUGGCCGUCUGGAAGGAACAGUACAGAGUUGUGCAGGAGGAAACACAGCAUCUUCAGUGCAGCAUCCAGGCUCUACAAGAUGAGCUCCGAAUCCAACGGGAUCUCAACCAGCUGUUCCAGUCCGAUUACUCGGACUCCGGGCACCUCGGAACCCGCCCCAUCCCCCCUCAGGAUAUGACGGAGGAGAACUUCCUGCGUCUGCACUGCGAGUACGAACGGCAGGUCAAAGAGCUCUUCCUCCUGAGGAAGACUGUGGAAGAGAUGGAGCUGAGGAUAGAUACACAGAAACACACACUAACUGCCAGGGACGAGUCAAUAAAGAAGUUGCUGGAAAUGCUGCAGAGUAAAGGCCUGUCGUCAAGGGCAACAGAAGAGGACCAUGAACGCACGAGGCGACUGGCCGACGCAGAGAUGACCAUCCACCAACUGGAGGGCCUGCUGGAGCGCAAAGACAAGGAGAUGCUUCAACUCAGAGAGGAGCUGCACAGGAGAUAUGAAGCAGCUCCAGAGUCAACAAAGACCAAGGCCCUUCAGACAGUCAUAGAAAUGAAGGAUGCAAAGAUCAGUUCAAUGGAGCGUGGCAUGAGGGAGCUGGAGGAGGAGGUGAACAUGCUCAAGUCCAACGGAGCUCUUAGCAGCGAGGAAAGGGAGGAGGAGAUCAAACAGAUGGAGGUCUACAGGUCCCACUCCAAGUUCAUGAAGAACAAGGUUGAGCAGCUGAAGGAAGAGCUCACUCACAGCCAAUCAGAGAAGGAGGAGCUAAGGCAACAAGCCAAUGAGCUCCAGCGGGAGGUGUCUGCAAUGGAGCAGGCGAAGCAGGACCUGAGCCGUAAGGACAGCGAGCUGUUGGGUCUCAGGACCAAACUGGAGACGCUGAACAACCAGUUUUCAGACAGCAAGCAACACGUGGACGUUCUCAAAGAGUCACUCACUGCCAAAGAACAGAGAGCCGCCAUACUACAGACUGAGGUGGAUGCCUUGCGUCUCCGACUGGAAGAGAAGGAAUCUCUGCUGUCUAAAAAGAGUCAGCAGAUAUCAGAGGUAUCGGAGGAGAAAAGCACUCAGCAGGGAGAGAUCAGCGACCUCAAAGACAUGCUGGACGUCAAAGAGCGCAAAGUUAAUGUGCUGCAGAAGAAGAUCGAGAACCUCCUGGAUCAGCUUAGAGAUAAAGAGAAACAGCUGAGCGGUCUGAAAGACAGAGUCAAGUCUUUACAGACAGACACCUCCAACACUGACACUGCACUGGGAACACUGGAGGAGGCUUUGGCUGAGAAGGAGCGAAUCAUUGAACGCUUGAAGGAGCAGCGAGAGAGGGAGGAGAGAGAAAAGGGCGAGGAGAUAGAUUCCAGCAAGAAGGAGCUGAAGGAGUUGAGGGAGAAGGUUUCCCAGCUGCAGGCCGACCUGGCUGACCGUGAGACAACAGUGUUGGAUCUGAAGGAGAAGGCUUCCUCUCUGGCCUCCUCCACUCUGAAGAAGGACAACCGGCUGAAGAGUCUGGAGAUCGGCCUGGAGCAGAAGAGAGAGGAGUGCGUCAAACUGGAGAACCAGCUCAAGAAGGCGCAGAAUGCAGCAGCGGAGUCAAAGGCUAGCACUGAACUCUCUGAACACAUUUCCUGCCUGGAGCAGGAAGUGACCCGGCACAAAGAGGAUGCUGGGAAGGCCCAGUCCGAGGUGGAGCGACUGCUGGAGAUCCUGAGGGAGAUGGAGAAUGAAAAGAACGACAAGGAGAAAAAGAUCCACGAACUGGAGAGAAAUCCCUCUGCUUCUCAUCUGUGGCGUUCACAGCAGUCGCGAAAACAGGCCCCCACCCCUGCUGCGUCCCAGCAGCCUGUGGGGGGGCUGGUGUGGGACUACCUGGGCACUCUCGCCUCAAGGCAGAUGAAAGACCAGUCGAAGAAGGUGGCCAACCUGAAACACAAGGAGCAGCUGGAGAAAAGCAAGAACGCCCAGCUGAUGGACGAGGCCAAGAAGAGAGAGGACAAUCUAAACGAAAGCUCCCAGCACAUUAAGGACUCCCUCCGACAGAAGGAGGAUCGCAUCGAAGAGCUGGAGGAAGCGCUGAGGGAAAGCGUUCAGAUCACAACAGAGCGGGAGGUGGUGCUCGCCCAGGAGGAGCAAGCACGCACGCAAUCUGAGCGACAGGUGGAGGACCUGCUGGUUGCCAUGGAGAGGGUGAAACAGGAACUGGAGGUGAUGAAAGCCAAGCUGUCAUCGACUCAACUCUCACUGGCUGAGAAGGAAGGUCACCUGACCGCCCUGCGGGCCGAGAGGCGGAAGCACCUGGAGGAGGUUCUGGAGAUGAAGCAAGAGGCGCUGCUGGCAGCAAUAAGUGAGAAGGACGCCAACAUUGCCCUGCUGGAGCUAUCCUCCUCCAAGAAGAAGAAAACCCAGGACGAGGUGGCCGCACUGAAGAGGGAGAAAGACGGUCUGGUUCAGCAGCUCAAACAGCAGACUCAGAACCGGAUGAAGCUGAUGGCGGACAACUAUGAAGACGACCACCUAAAGGUCACAUCUCCAAACUCGGAGCAGCCCAACAAUCACAAACCCUCCCCAGACCAGAUUCUCUCUCCCCUCCUGGAUCUCAAUCAGAAUCGCAGUAAACUGAAGCUGUACAUCAGUCACCUGACCUCGCUGUGUCAGGAGCGAGACCCAAUCAUAUUGCAGGACUUUGCCCCGCCCCCCGCCUAUCACCGCUCUGACUCUGCCACCUGGCACACGCAGCUGCACGGCAUGACACAAGAACAGUUGGAGGCGGAGUUAGAGCUGUGUGAGCGGGAGGGGGCGGAGCUCCAAGAGUACGCCAAUCAGGUCCUGCAGCAGAUCGCCGACCGAUGUCCCGACAUUUUGGAACAAGUCGUCAACGCCUUGGAGGACAGCUGCUGACACUCACACACACACAAACACACACACACACACACACAAAUAAGCUCACAAGAACACAUUCAUUAGCACGCACACAUUAAAUCAAUACAAUGAAUCCCCUGAGACACAAAGUGGAAUCACAGUGUUGGACAUGAAGAUGAAGACUUUCUUCUACCUGCUCUUCACUCAUCUCAUUUUCUCAAAUGGAAAAGUGGAAAAUGACAACAACAAAAACAUUAUUACAGAUAAAAAUCGGUCCUCGGCGUCUUCAGUCCACGUGAUUUAACAUUAGCAGUGCGAGCUAAAGGAAACUAUAGGAAAAUAGAGCGCUUUGUUAGCGUGCCGCUAAUUCAUUGGUAAUAGUUGAUGUUUUUGAGACGUUAAACUUGUGCUUUCCCAACUCGUCCUAAAGAGAAGGAACCUCCACCACACGUGCAGUCUGGGACACUUCACGGCAGCCAUUUUGUGUCCUUCCAGGCAAUCAGCAGUGGUGACCUGUACAUGUGACUUGAUGUAUUUUAUGUGGGGGGGGGGUUGAGUUUGCCAGGUUGACUUACACACUGUAGUCACAUUGUUAUUUGUUGGUCCAGAUACUUAAGUGUGUUUAUUUCAGCUGCCUUUGGUUCUUUACACCCUUUGCUGCUAUCUUUUUAACUUUUUAAGUUCCAUUUCUUGUCAUGUCAGGUAACUGAUGAAACGUCCCAGCUUGCAGUUUCUUUCGGCAGUGAUUUCUGAGUUAGGUAGUUGUGUAAAUUUGUAAAGAGAAAGGUUUAAUUAACAGAAACACAGCUUUCAUCAGGGGAACAUGACACGUUCAACUGUUGUCUUGCAUAGCAGAUGAAAGGCAUGUUUUGAAAAAAACUACCAUAAAUCUCGCAACACUCCCUUUAUGAAAACACACCAGUGUGGACGGUCUGUGUUUCUCUUUAACCUAAGAAAACAACAUGCUCUGUUCAGUAGUUGAGUUCAGAUGAUCCCUCACUUUCCCUUUUGUGACAAUCCCUUAAGAAGUUAACAUGAGGUGGAGUCUGACUUCCCCGUUAUCGACACAUCUUUUGUUUUUUCUUGGGAGGGAGGGAAUAUAAAAUAAUUGUUAUAUAUUUUUUUGCUUUUGGUUGAUAUAUAUAAAACACUAAUCUUGUCUAAUUGAAAAUAUUGUCAUCUAUUGGUUGCUAUGUUACAUAAUGUAUCAAAAUCUUUAUUGUGUGUGAUUUGCCAGAAAACACAGAUUUGUUCCAUACACAGCAGACUGUGGUCGGGAACUUACUGUACAUUGCACCUACUCGAGGCUCUGUGUCCACCGGGAACCGUUUCAUCAGGCUCACGUUCUUGUUCUUGUUGUUUACAGUGGAAAUGACGCUCUAAUGCAUGUUUCCCACAGCGCUGACAGCCAUAGCAUGGAUUUAUACGCUUUUGCAGCACAGAGCACCAGAGGAUCUAAUUGUUUCAAAUUCAAGCGACAGCUCCGCUAACUGUUCUGUUUCUGUUCUGAGUGCCGAGGACGUGACAGGCGUUGGCCACAUCUUUCUGUUCAGCUACCUAAAAAAAAAAAAGAAGAAAUACCCGGUGGGCACAGAACCCAAAGACGGGGAUUUACACUGCAUACUCAAAUCUGAUUUAACACCAAACUCGCAUCUUUCACGACGUUCAAAAAAUGUCUUUUUUGGCACCUAAGUAAGCAGGGUCUUGAAACUCGGGAACCAACAUGGGUAUAAAUGAGGAGUUUCAUUUUCAAAACUGUUUUGGGGGGAGGAGAAGUCUCCAGUGUCAUGCAGUGGCCUCCAACGCGUGGUUUAAUGCUCGAGGAAAAGUCUGUGUAACAUUUGACGAAUGAAGGUUAUUGUAUGUUUUGAAAUGAAACUCAGUCAGAUAUGAGCUUGUGUUGUAAAUCCAGUAAUUUGUUGCGUGUUUUAUACUGAUAAUCUUUUGUGUUCUGGGAAAGGUGAUGACUGGAACUCUCCGUGACUUUGUUGUGGAUUGAAAAGGUGGAACGAGAGAAUGGAAUAAAAUAUGAAUUUAUCUUUAUUAUUA